AUGUUGUCGGCUGCAAAAGUGCGUAUUCACGGGAUGCAAGAUGAGAACUGGGUGAUAAAAGACAAGAUAAACCAGUACAGGGGCUUGAUAAAGUUGUAUGAACGAGAUCGCAAGAUCCACGAGGGUGACCUGGCUAAACAGAAGAAGCGGUACUGCCGCGACAUCCGUCAGCUGCGCAAAGACAUUACCAACAAGCGGGAGGAGCUAGGCGUGGCCGUUUACGGUGACAAGCAGUUCCUGAGGAACGCUUUCCAGGAGCACAGGCGGCUUCAGCUCACCUACAUGAACAGCCAGGCCGAUAGGGUGUUGGAGAGCAUCCAUCAAGAGAAUUUCAACAAGCGCAAGCAACUUGACCGCAUCAGGUACACGAAAAAGAAGAAAAUGGAAAAGUUUCGAUUGACGCAGUUGGAGUCCGCCGAACUCCGAGACCGAUUGCUGUACGAGGUGGCUGGUAAGCUGCCGGCGGAGAAGAAGGAGCAGGCUGUUGCCAACUACGUCCAGCGUGCCAAUAUCAAGAAGAAUGCGGCUUUGGCCAUCAAGGUCAUGUACAAGAAGAUUCUGGAUAUUCUCAAGAAGGAUUCGUCCUACUUCACCGUGGUCCUCGAAGCGUUGAAACUGGACUGCCGCGCCCAGGGCAAGUGUCUGAUGGGCGCCACGGAGAUGGGCCAGCUCGCCAUGGAGUACCUGGACGACAGGAAGUUCGAGUUCAGCAAGCUGGAGAAAGAGAUAAAGGCAAACAUGAAAGAGAGGGCGAGAACUUUGAAGCUGGUGCGGAAGGAGGUCGCGUACUUGACAGACUCGUUCCCGAAUCUUAUACGUAAGGAGGAAGCGACAAAUUUAGAUGAUCUGUACGAAGAUGAAGACACCAAGAGCAAGCACUCCAUCCACUGGGAGCUUGAGGAGGUCAUGUCGAUCUGCAAAAGGCUGCAGAAGGCCACACUUGUGUCCACUUUCGAUCAGAUACUGCCAAGGUUAAAAGAGCAGCAUUACCAAACUGAACGGCUGAUGAUGCAGCUGACGCUGAACAGCGCGAAGCGAGACGCACUGAUGGAGGACCGCAAGCAUGCCCUGCUAAUGCUGGACCAGCUGAAGAACAUUGGUCAGGAGAGCACUGCACAAUACGUAAGAGACAAGAAACAACUGCGCGCAGAACUGUCCACAGAGGCCAAAGAGGAGGCCGACCUCAAGAGGAUGCUGGACGGAAAGGGUCGUCUGAUCAUCGAGAUGAAGACCUCCUUGCAACAGAUCAAUGAGCUGCUGUCUAGCGUUGGUGUGGCUACCCAGCCUCGGCCAUUCAAAAAUGUCCCUCCCGCCAUACAGUACGCCCUGGAGGACCAGGUGCAACCCGUGCCUGAACUUGAAGCUGACUUCGACAAAUUAAUCCUGACCGCGCGUCAGAAGCUGAACGUGCUCAUCCAGGCGAUAGCCAAGAUGGAGGUGACAGCCGAAGUCAGGAACAACGCAAAGAUAUUCUACCACAACAUCCUGGCGAGGUUCAUGAGGGACCACUACAAGGAGGAGGUGGCCGCUGAAGGAGGAUUGAUCGAGUUUGAAAUGGAAGACCCCAACGUGCCAAGCCACGCCAUUGUCAAGUUGAGGAGCAAGCAGCUGGUGGACGCUCAGGUCAGCGAGUUUGAUGUUCCGGCUGAUGGCGGCAAGAAGUAA